CGAAAUUGCGUACAUAACCGACGCCGGUUACUCAACUCUCAACCUUCACUUCUUUCUCCUUUCCACUUGAUACUUGAAACGCCGGUCAAUUUCUCCGAUCAUGGCGGUUUCCGGCGUGUCUCGGCUCAUACUGGCCUUGAGCUGCGCAGCUCUGGUCUUAGCCGGCUACUCUGUUUACCAGAACUCAGUACCCGCCGCCGCAGACGACCAAAUCGGGCAGCUUAGUAAGGUCAUGAUGAUCCCCGCUUGGUUGGACGACACACUAGACGCGGCCGACUUGUUGUCUUACUUCGGUUUCGGAAAAUCCUCCGGCAAGCUUUCCACCGAAGCUUGUGUCUUUGCCGCCGUGAAAGAAGUUGUGGACGCCGCCAUAAACGCGGAGGCUCGCAUGGGCGCCUCCCUCAUCCGUCUGCACUUCCACGACUGCUUUGUUGAUGGAUGUGACGCUGGGAUCCUGCUGAACGACACCGCCAGCUUCACCGGGGAACAGGGUGCAGCGCCGAACAGUGGUUCGGUGAGAGGGUUCGGCGUGAUCGAGCAAGCCAAACUCAACGCUAAAACUAAGUGCUCCGACACGCCCG